CAAAACACCUCUAUUACAUAAACGCUAUCUUGAUGACAAAGCACCAAAAGCAGUUGCUUGCUUCCAUUUUCUUCUUCCUCAGCCAGCCUCACAUUCCAUGAAAGCUCGAAGUUUAUGUGCUUGAAAAUCGAGUAGUUUCGAGGGGUACGAACCCUUGAUCGGAUUUCUCCUGGGGCGGUCGUAGGUUGUUGGGAAAUGAAGAUUCGCGUGAAGCAAUCAACGAUCGUGAAACCGGCAAAGGAGACGCCGAGACACAGUCUAUGGCUUUCAAACAUAGACCUGAUCCAAGUCAGGCUUCACAUGGGCACGCUUCACUUCUACAAGCCACUCCUCUCCUCCAAUGUUGUCGGAACCCGAUUCCUCAAAGAUGCUCUUAGCGAUAUUCUGGUUCCGUACUACCCUGCUGCUGGGAGGCUCCGGAGGGGCGAGAAUGGCAGGUUGGAGGUUCACUGCAAUGGAGAAGGAGUCCUGUUUGUGGAGGCUGAGACUGAUUCUACUGUAAGCGACAUUGGUUUACACACUCCAAGUUUGGAUCUUGCUCGGCUUGCUCCGUCAGUUGAUUAUUCAGGGGGCAUAUCCUCAUACCCUCUUCUUCUUUUCCAGGUUACGUUUUUCAAGUGUGGAGCGAUCUGUAUGGGAGCGCAGAUACACCAUACUUUCGGGGAUGGAGCUUCUCUGGUUCAACUGAUGGAAGCAUGGGCUCAAACUGCCCGAGGCCUUCGGGUGAAGGAGCUGCCAUUCUUGGACCGCAAUGUUCUCCGAGCACGGGAUCCGCCCUCUCCGAUGUUUCCUCACACAGAGUACCAACCUCCUCCUUUUCAGAUACCCACUUUGAAAUCCUCGAUUUACAGAUCAGCUCCCGAAACGGAGUCCAUGAUUGCUACCCUUAGGCUCACACCUCUCCAGCUAAACGCCCUUAGAACAAAGGUUGACGGCAGUGAUGGUCAAUACAGUUUAUACGAAAUUUUGGUGGCACAUAUCUGGCGUUGUGCUUGCUUUUCAGAGCUUAAAGAGAAGGAACACGUGACGAGGCUGCAUAUAAUAUUGGACGGGCGGACGAGGCUGGAGCCGAAGCUUCCAAAGGGCUAUGUGGGGAACGUUCUGUUUCACGCUCGGCCAGCAGUGUUAUCGAGCGAUCUCCGGGGAGAGCGUUUCGGCAAAACGGCAGAGAGAAUUCGCGGGGAGAUUCGGAAAAUGAGAAACGACUACUUGAGAUCGGCGAUCGAUUACUUGGAGAAUCAUCCAAACCUGGAAGAAUUGGUGCCUGGAGAAGGGAAUCCGAUUUUCGGGGGGAGUAAUCUGUGUGUGGUGGGACUGAGUAGGCAUGUGAAGUACGGAUUGGAUUUUGGGUGGGGGAGGAAACUGUACACGAGGGCUUCCCAUAUGAACGAAGGGAAAGGAUUCGUGAUGGAGGGCGAGGAGGAAGAUGGGAGCUUGGUGGUGAUGAUGUGUUUGAAGAAGCGUCAUAUGGUGAAGUUUGAGAAGCUGUUUUAUGAGUCUUUGCCGGUGGCAGCCUUGUGAUUUGAUUGUCAUAUUACCUCUUGUAAGAAUCAUAUUACAUUAGGUCACCCAAGGAGACGGCCGGCCAAUUUGGUUAAUAUAUAUAGCCGUAAGUAUAGUUGAA